GAAUUUGAAACAGAUCAAAAAGCGUCACAAGAAGAGGCUGAAGAUAAGCUCCUUACUCCAGAUAACAUUCCCCGGCCCCCCUCGACGACAACGAGAGCAACAGCAGCAGCGAGCAUGGAAUGUUGUUGCGCAGGCUGAUGCCCCAAGGCAAUGUGACUGCGGAGCCAUUGAUGGUCUCGGUGGAAGCAAAAGGGACGUGAUUGUAGCAAGGGCGAAUGUUUUUGUCUCGGAGUGCAGCUUUGCCGAAAUUUCUUCGUUCUGGAAAAGUGGACGACAUUUGACCAUUCAUUCUCUCGUAGUGUUCAUAGUGCGGCUUAUGGUGUUGUCGCUCAUUCGGGAAGGCUAAUCUGGAAUCGGUUUCGUUGGAGUUUGAAUUCGGAAAAUUUGGACUGUGCUUCUGGCGUUCGAUAUACAUUUUUUGUAUGUUCAGGGGCGUUCUUGUGUUGUUGAGCUUGACAAUAUAGUGGACAUCGGGGUGGAGAGUAGAGGUACGAAGGAAUCGAAGGCGUGAACAAUCUUUCCAUGGUAUGCACUUGAGCAUUUGCGCAGAGGAUUGAACUGCGGUUGCCAGUUCGAUUCCAGAUUAUCUUCCUCUGGGACUGAGGAAAUGUCUACGUUCUUGCCCUCCUCCGUGUAAAUCUUUCAUCGAAUUCUGUUGGAAUCUGAAGACGCAGGAACAAGUGGCACUGAGGAUCUUUGAAUGGCCUCGUCGGUGAUUCGGGAUCGUUUCUUUAGAGCUCAUAUUGAUGUCAGUGUGAGUGGGUGCAAUUUCUGUCAAGUGCAACCGAAAAGCGUUCAAUUCUCCAAAUCCAGGAAAAGUUCAAACUACUUCGCAUUCGGCUUCAGCUCGGUGUUCUCUAGCUCCGCCCAAAACUCCUCCAGUUGGCUGCAACUGCGGGCUCCUAAUCCAAUUCAUUCAGGGCCGGCAUUCAAAGUAUAUUGUGUGGUUACUGAUAAGAUAGUGGGCGGAGCUCAGCUCACAGCGAGUAGUGACCCGAAUCUGCGCCGUCUUAUUCUCUUGCGCCAUGCCAAGAGCUCUUGGUCUGAUCGCUCCAUAAAAGAUCAUGAGCGACCUUUGAGCAAACGUGGACGUCAGGCUGCAGCUAAUAUUGCAAAGAAGCUACAAAAGCAUCCUGGUUGGAUACCACAACUCAUUCUCUGCAGUGAUUCAACUCGAACUCGGGAGACUCUGGACAUUAUGCAACAGCAGGUACCGGAAUUGCUAGACGCAGAUGUCCGCUUUCUCAGUAGUUUUUACUCCGUAGCAGCUAUGGACGGUGAAACCCUUCAGCAUUUGCAGGAGAUAAUCUGCAAGUAUUCGAAAGAUGAUGUCACCACAAUCACGUGCAUGGGCCAUAACAGAGGAUGGGAAGAAGCUGCUACAUUGCUCUCAGGAGUGCACAUAGAGCUGAAAACCGCAAAUGCUGCUCUUCUUGAAGCUCAUGGUAGCUCUUGGCAAGAAGCCUUUGAAUCCGCCGGAGUGGGUGGUUGGAAGCUUUUUGGCAUCGUGAAGCCGGAUGCCAGUGUGGAAAAUGUAGCUCAGUGAGUGCUUGGGACUUCGUUCGUGUCUAAUUCUCUUACAACCAUGGUCCAGUCGAACCUGAACAUAUAUCUGGGCGUUCUCCCCUAGCAAGAUCUUUCAAGGAUGCGAAGGUUUUGCAGAAAUGGAGUUGCCCGUAUACAGCUUGCCAACAAUUACUUGGUGACACAUGUGGUCCAAAGGUUCUUCCCAACACAGUUUACAAUCUCUACUUCUAAGGCGAUAGUGAUUGUAACUUGCUUCAAGCAAGCUUUCACCAAUGCUUGUCUGUGCAAAUUUUCUUGGUGUAGAUUGGCCGGUGCCUUCCGGAGAGAACAGAAAGGUACUCUGAUAUCCGAAGUCCUGAUGGCAAAGCUGCAAGCUCUGAAUGUAUAUCUUAAUAUGUUCGCCUAGUCAGUUCAGGCAAACGGCAGCCUACUAAGAGCUAUUGAUGAACAGAUUAAAAGUGAAUUACCCAUUCACAUUAGAUCAUGCAACGAUUCUGCUGAUCCAAUUUCCAUUCAAAAGACUGCCUGUCUUGUCUAUGCAGAAUGUGUGAUGUGAGUCAUGUCACCAACCGCUAUGCACACGUGCAUUUGUGCACACACACACAAGCAGAGGGCUGGUACACCUCAACUCCACUCGCAACAGGGAACUUGGUAUUUGUAAACGAACAUGAGCAUAAGCUGCCGCAUUCAUAGAAUCCCGGAAAUUUUCUGGAAACAUGUGGCAUUUCAAGCAGUGACGAAGCGAGUCGUCUUGCUUGACACAACACCCAAGCGAUGCGCCGUAAGCCUGUCAGGCAGUGUGAACUUGUGAUCCAAAUGUGUGACCACAUUACCGGGGCGGCAGUGGCAACCUUCAUGGAGUAUUACGAGUAGUCAGCUAGCCAAUCCGAGUCAAAUAGAGUUACGGCCCUCCAAUUUUUCUGGUCGUCUACAACACAGUUUUGCAGGAUUUACACGUCUGUGACUUGCAGGUGAUGAUUGAAGUGUCACUUGAUUCUCAAGCAGCGACACUAUGAGAGCUUAGUCCAUGCGGCAAUUCACACAGCAUUCCACUGAUAUAGACAACUCGCACCAUCAUCUCAAUGCAUGAGGUUCCUUCCAU